ACAUGUGAAGAACAAACUGCUUUAUUAAACUCGUGACGUUCAAACCAGAAUAUCCAAAAUAAUUUGGUGGAGUGAGACUCGAGGAGGAAAUGGAAUAAAAGAAUAAGAGCGGAGUGGAGAAGGAUCAUGAGAACAGAAGGAUUCAGAGCAGGAAUAAAUGAAGAGCAGUGAAAUGAAAGAAGCUGCAGGAUUAGCAGCAGCAGAGGAUUAAACAGGAAGAGAAGACGAGUCUUUGAAGUUAUGAAUGAGGAGCAGAUUAACUCCUUCAGCUCUACGAUAACAGCAGCAGAUCCUCCAUCACCUCCAAACCUGCACAAUUCAUCCAGAAGACUUUAGCUUCAAACACUUUAACCGUCCAUUAACAAUAACAAAAAGACAUUAAAUCUGGUUUUAGAUGUCUGACAGAGUUUUGCUUCUGAUGUUGGGACACAAAACUAAAUUCUGUAAAAUAUUUGAUUUUAGAGUUCCAAUAUCUCCAGAAAUACAACUGCAUGUUGGUGUUCACAGAGGUCUAGGUGUCCAUAGAGGUCUAGGUGUCCACAGAGGUCUAGGUGUCCACAGAGGUCUAGGUGUUCACAGAGGUCUAGGUGUCCACAGAGGUCUAGGUGUUCACAGAGGUCUAGGUGUCCAUAGAGGUCUAGGUGUCCACAGAGGUCUAGGUGUCCAUAGAGGUCUAGGUGUCCACAGACGUCUAGGUGUCCACAGAGGUCUAGGUGUCCACAGAGGUCUAGGUGUCCACAGAGGUCUAGGUGUUCACAGAGGUCUAGGUGUCCAUAGAGGUCUAGGUGUCCACAGAGGUCUAGGUGUCCAUAGAGGUCUAGGUGUCCACAGACGUCUAGGUGUCCACAGAGGUCUAGGUGUCCACAGAGGUCUAGGUGUUCACAGAGGUCUAGGUGUCCACAGAGGUCUAGGUGUUCACAGAGGUCUAGGUGUCCACAGAGGUCUAGGUGUCCACAGAGGUCUAGGUGUCCACAGAGGUCUAGGUGUUCACAGAGGUCUAGGUGUCCACAGAGGUCUAGGUGUUCACAGAGGUCUAGGUGUCCAUAGAGGUCUAGGUGUCCAUAGAGGUCUAGGUGUCCAUAGAGGUCUAGGUGUCCACAGAGGUCUAGGUGUUCACAGAGGUCUAGGUGUCCACAGAGGUCUAGGUGUCCACAGAGGUCUAGGUGUUCACAGAGGUCUAGGUGUUCACAGAGGUCUAGGUGUCCACAGAGGUCUAGGUGUCCACAGAGGUCUAGGUGUCCACAGAGGUCUAGGUGUUCACAGAGGUCUAGGUGUCCACAGAGGUCUAGGUGUCCACAGAGGUCUAGGUGUUCACAGAGGUCUAGGUGUCCACAGAGGUCUAGGUGUUCACAGAGGUCUAGGUGUCCACAGAGGUCUAGGUGUUCACAGAGGUCUAGGUGUCCACAGAGGUCUAGGUGUUCACAGAGGUCUAGGUGUUCACAGAGGUCUAGGUGUCCACAGAGGUCUAGGUGUUCACAGAGGUCUAGGUGUCCACAGAGGUCUAGGUGUCCACAGAGGUCUAGGUGUCCACAGAGGUCUAGGUGUUCACAGAGGUCUAGGUGUCCACAGAGGUCUAGGUGUUCACAGAGGUCUAGGUGUCCACAGAGGUCUAGGUGUCCACAGAGGUCUAGGUGUCCACAGAGGUCUAGGUGUCCACAGAGGUCUAGGUGUCCACAGAGGUCUAGGUGUCCACAGAGGUCUAGGUGUCCACAGAGGGUGUUUUGUGUAA